GUCCGGCCGCCACAAUCGCUUCCUGUUUUCGGCGCAGCUGUUGUUACCUAAGCCACAGUGGCGGCGAAGAUGGCGUCUACCAGCCGUUUGGAUGCUCUCCCAAGAGUUACAUGUCCAAACCAUCCAGAUGCAAUUUUAGUAGAGGACUACAGAGCUGGUGAUAUGAUCUGUCCUGAAUGUGGCCUGGUUGUAGGUGACCGGGUCAUUGACGUGGGAUCUGAAUGGAGAACUUUCAGCAAUGAUAAAGCAACAAAAGAUCCAUCUAGAGUUGGAGAUUCUCAGAAUCCUCUUCUGAGUGAUGGAGAUUUGUCUACUAUGAUUGGCAAGGGCACAGGAGCUGCAAGCUUCGAUGAGUUUGGCAAUUCCAAGUAUCAUAAUCGGAGAACAAUGAGUAGUUCUGAUCGAGCAAUGAUGAAUGCAUUCAAGGAAAUCACUACCAUGGCAGACAGAAUCAACCUCCCUCGAAAUAUAGUUGAUCGAACAAAUAAUUUAUUCAAGCAAGUGUAUGAGCAGAAGAGCCUGAAGGGAAGGGCUAAUGAUGCGAUAGCUUCUGCUUGUCUGUACAUUGCCUGCAGACAAGAAGGGGUUCCUAGGACAUUUAAAGAAAUAUGCGCUGUAUCACGAAUUUCUAAGAAAGAAAUUGGUCGAUGUUUCAAACUUAUUUUGAAAGCACUUGAAACCAGUGUGGAUUUGAUUACAACUGGGGACUUCAUGUCCAGAUUCUGUUCCAACCUUUGUCUUCCUAAGCAAGUGCAGAUGGCAGCUACACACAUAGCCCGUAAGGCUGUGGAACUGGACUUGGUUCCUGGGAGGAGCCCCAUCUCUGUGGCUGCAGCAGCUAUAUACAUGGCCUCACAGGCUUCAGCUGAGAAGAGGACCCAAAAGGAAAUUGGAGAUAUUGCUGGUGUUGCUGAUGUUACAAUCAGACAGUCCUACAGAUUAAUCUAUCCUCGAGCCCCAGAUCUCUUUCCUUCUGACUUCAAAUUUGACACCCCAGUGGACAAACUACCACAGCUGUAAAUUGAGGUAGUUAAAUUUAAAGGUCAAACUUCUGUACUUGAACUUUGUCUACUGUAUAUAUUCUAUACACAGUGCUGGGGUUGAGCCUUUAAUGAGGACAGAGACACGGUACGCAUUCCAGAGCUAAAUAUUAUUGCUUGGCAUUCUGUAUAUACUAGUGAAACAUAUUUAAUGAUUUUAAUUUCUUACUGAAUUGGCUUUCUUUUGUAGUGAUCUAGGAAACUGUAUUUUGGAAGAUGUUUGAAAUUAUGUAAAUCUGAAAUAAAACUUUUCAAAACUAAAA